ACCUUCAUCACCUCCACCUCAAAGUCCGGUGGAAAAAUUGAUUGGUAAAGCUUUACCUCACAGUCGUCGUCCUGCUCCUCUUCCAUUAGCUCAACAAAGUUAUAAUUCUCGUGCCAUACCUGCUCGUUCCCCUUCUAACCCUAAUAUUAUAAUUACUCAAAAUAAUAAUUCUACUACGAGCCCAAGAAGAACAGCUUCAAAUCCCGGUAAUCAUUCUAAAAAAACGAGUUCAGUUCGUUUUUUUAACACUUCACAACAAAAUUUAUCUCCACAACCAUCUUCCCCCUGGAUGAACAGUUUUAGUAUUAUUUCGCCUCCAUUAGGUAGUCCAGGAUUAGGCCCGCCAACGGGAUCAUUUCGCAGUGAGAUGUCAUCAAUAUCUGCUAGAAGUAAUGAUGCAAGUUAUACAUCUUGCUUGUUAAAUCCUUUUCCAAAUACAUCAUUUUAUGAUGAAGACAUCAUCGGCCUUCCUCAUAUUUCAUCUAAUAAUGGGUUACCUGAACCUCCACCUAGUGAUAUUCGUUUAAAACCUUUUUGGUUAAUGAGAUUAUUAGAGCGUACAAUGACAACAGGAGGUUAUUUAACUCCAAAAUUGUUUAUUCCUCAAUAUUUAUGGCUACAGGGGCAUGUCAAGUUAACCGCUAUAGAUACUAAAAUGUCUAGCUGUGAAGUUGUAUCAAAUUGUUUGGAAAAACUAGAAAAAAUUUCAUUCAGUGAUUUGGAUAAAUUAUCAAAGGCAUUGGAGGGCGUUGAUCCUAUUUUAGAAGGGCUUCAAAAUUCUUUAGCACGUAAAUUAAGUUAUGUUGAAUCAACUAAUGGUAAAGCUCGUCAGAGCGCAAGUUCAUUGAUGAGUUGGGGUUCCAAAUUAUCCCGUGGUCUUGAUCGAAUGGGCAUGGGAAAUGCUAUGGUUCGUACUGAAGAAGCUAAUGGUUAUGUAGACGUUUUAUUAAAAGUUUUCCAACAUGCUAAAAUUGUGGAAAAUUACAUAAAACAAUAUACCUCACUAAAAAAAGCACCACAUUUACAUCAUCAUAAGCAAAUUAUCGUCCGACUAUAUAAAUUUGCAGAUUUUCUUGGUAAUGUUAUUUGUAGAUUUGUAGUCAGAGAUUUAGGAAUAUUAGCAGACAAAUAUCUGAAAAAAGGAAGUCAUUGGAUUGUAGAGUAAAAAAAAAAGGCCAACAAAUAUCAAUUAUAAUAAAAGGAAAUAAAAGGUCAAUUAAUUGUUUAAAAAAAAAAAUUAAUAAUAAUAAUUAAUUUAACAUUAUUAUAUUAGUCGAUGGUUUUU